GUUCCCCCUAUACUUUUAUAAUCAAAUUUGAAAUUAUCGAUUGGUUAUCCAAUAUCCUUUUUUUUUAAGGAAUAUAACUUGGUGUAUUGUUUAUACGAAAGGUUUUUAAAUGUUGUUAUGAUGUUGGUUUUAUGUUAAGUAAAUGAGUUAGGUAUUGUGAUGAAUUUUUAUUUUAUAGGUUAUGUGCAGUAACGUGCCGGUGCCGGUGAUAUUUACGUUAUAUUGUAACUAAUAUUUUAAAUUAACAUUAAUUAGUAAAAAUGUCGGGUUUUUCUAACAAAAUAAACGGUGUUCGUGCCAUUACGUUGGAGCCACAGAACAUAAAGUUUUCGGUCUUCAGCACCGAAGAAAUGAAAAAAUUAUGUAUAACAAAAAUCACCACCCCUUUAACGUUCGAUGAGAUGGGACAUCCUUUGAUAGGGGGUCUGUACGACAAGACUUUAGGACCAUUAACGGAUAGAGGUGAAGUUUGUGGUACAUGUUUUAAAAAUAUAUACAACUGCCCUGGACACUUUGGUUACAUUGAUUUGCCAUUGCCUGUUGUAAAUCCUCUUUUCCAUAAAACUGUCGGUACAAUUAUGAAAAUGACAUGCUUGUCAUGUUAUGGUUUACAGUUACCUGUCCAUUCCAAACGUAGUCUAGAACUACAGAUGAAAUUGGUAGACGGUGGAUAUAUUACAGAAGCCAUAGAAAUAGCAACAAAAUUAAAAGAACUAAUUUCUAAAUAUGAAUCUAUCAGUAGUGUUCCAGAAGAUGAAAUAAAGUUUAUAAGGGAGUACGAAAAAUUGGUUACAGCUGAAUUGCCAGACACUGAAAAACAUCCAAAUAAAAAUACCGAGUGUAUGAAGAACGCUUUUCUAUCUGAUGUUCUAUCAGAGUAUAAGAGUCGAAAGAUAUGUUUGGAAUGCAGGGAACCUCUUGACAAGAUACAAUUUGUAAGGAAGAAGUUAACAUUGUAUCCAAACCCAAGAAAAACCAAUGCAGACGACGAUUUCAAAUUGGGAGGACCUAAAAACAUUACACCAACAGAAUCACGGGAAAUUUUAAGAAAAGUCUGGGAAAAAGAAAAGGAUUUUCUUAAAUGUUUGAUACCUUUAUUUGAAAAUGAUAACAUGGAAUAUCCAACAGAUGUGUUUUUUAUGGAGAUAAUUUCAGUGACUCCGAACAACUUGAGGCCUGUAAAUUUCGUGGAUGGUAGAAUAACAGAAAAUCAACAAACUGGUAUUUAUAAAACGAUAAUCCAGGAUUGCAUGCUGUUACGAGCAAUAAUUCAAGUAUUUAAGAAAAAAGGCGAUACGAGCGCCCUCCCAAUAGAAGCAAAGGCUGUUUACAAUACUGCUCGUGGUCAAACUCCCCUCGAAAAACUAAAGAAUGCUUGGGAAUCCUUGCAAUUUAACGUAGACAAUAUAGCGGACUACAAUGCUGGACGUAUAACUUCCCAAACAGGAAUGAAGGGUUUGAAACAGGUUAUUGAAAAGAAAGAAGGAAUUUUGCGCAAGCACAUGAUGGGGAAACGUGUAAAUUUUUCCGCCCGGUCCGUUAUCACUCCCGACCCUUAUCUGAACGUAGACGAGAUCGGAAUUCCGGAAGUUUUUGCGAAACAACUGACUUAUCCUGUUCCGGUCACUUCGUGGAACGUGGCGGAGUUGAGGAAGAUGAUCAUGAACGGUCCAGACAAACAUCCAGGAGCGAAUAUGGUAGAGUUUGAGGACGGUUCGUUGGUCAGAAUAAAUCCGAAAAAUCCUACUCAGAAACAGGGUAUAUUAAAGAGACUUCUCACCCCAGAUGAAAAAGACACUAAAGCAUUUCGAGGAGUCAAAAAGGUACACAGACAUAUGUGUAACGGAGACGUGGUCCUAGCCAAUCGACAGCCGACCCUUCACAAACCCAGUAUAAUGGCGCACACUGUUAGGAUCUUAAAAAACGAAAAGACCAUUCGUGUUCAUUAUUCAAAUUGCAAGGCGUACAAUGCUGAUUUCGAUGGGGACGAAAUGAACGUGCAUUUUCCACAAAAUGAAUUGGCCAGGAGCGAGGGGUACAAUUUGGGUGAGUUUUACAAUAAACAUUGGCUGCCCCUGAAUUGGAAAAAAUUGGACUUGAGGGCCAUUUUGAAAGAGAGCGCCGCCAAAUGUGUUUUACACGAGGUCCCAGACAUAAAAAGAGCUAUCACGUACAUGAAAAAAGAUCAGCUGACCCUAAGAACUGACGGAAUUAAUAUAAUUGAAAUGUUCAAGUACAACGAAUUGUUGGAUUUAAACAAAUUAUAUUGCAAUGAUAUCCAUAAAAUGGCUGAAACGUACGGUAUCGAAGCAGCUGUGAAAGUAUUAGUGCAGUCUAUUGGGGAACCAAGUACGCAGAUGACGCUGAACACUUUCCAUUUUGCUGGUCGUGGUGAAAUGAAUGUGACUCUCGGUAUACCCCGUUUACGUGAAAUCCUCAUGUAUGCAUCAAAAUCGAUGAAAACUCCGUCUAUGGAAAUACCCUUCAAAAAUAUACCAAAUUUGGAAAAAGAAGCCGAAAAGUUGAGGAAGAAACUGACCAGGGUAACGUUGGAAAAUGUACUCGAAAGGAUCGAAGUUUCCGCUCAAUUGGGCGUCAAACCAGUCAGAUGUCAUGUUAACGUUCAAUUCGACAUGGGUAUUAAACAUGUUUGGUCCAUUUUGUCACCUUACUGUGAAAGAAGACCUUUGUAUGAACUCCAGGGCAAAACCAUAGCCAUUGAUUUAUCUUGUUGGAUUUGUGAAGCCCAGAAUGUUGUAGAUUAUUAUGUUCAACCACGAAUGUACCUCAGAAAUCUGUAUUUCCGUACCUGUUAUCUCCUAUUAAUGGAUGUAAGUCCAGUUUUUGUGCUAGAGGGGAAAGCCCCUGGUAUGAAAUACGACACGAUAGCUGCUCGAAAUGCGUUACAGUUUAAAGGUUCGAGACCUAAAGACAAAGAUGAAAAAGUUAACAAUAAAAAGGCCAGUGGAAAGGACCGUACUCAGUUUCAUUUUGUGCUGAAGAGAUGCGCUGAAAUGCUGGAUUAUAUGGGUCUGGCUUGUAUUACCGGAAAUGGAGAAGCGGAAGCCAUGUGUGCCUAUCUAAAUAAUGACGGGCUAGUUGAUGGAUGCAUCAGCCAGGAUUCUGACUGUUUUGCAUACGGGGCCAAAGUGGUUUACAGAAACUUUUCGAUAUCCCAACAAGGGACACACGCUACUAGCGGGGGAGCAGUCGACAUUUACGAUAUAAGAAAAGCACACAAAAACAUGGGAUUUGGAAGGAAUAAAGUUGUUGCAUUGGCAAUUAUUUGUGGAUGUGACUAUUUUGAUGGAAUAUUGGGUGUUGGUAAGGAUUCAGCAAUGAAACUAUUUGAAAAAGUCACAGACGAAGAAAUACUGGAACGGCUACGGAACUGGAAGAAAAAGACGUCUUUCUACGAAGAACUUGAAAAAAAGAUAACAGAUAAGAAAAUUUGCACUUCUUGUGGACACAGUGGAAGACUGCAGAAUCAUAAUAAAAUGGGUUGUGUAGAAUGUAAAACGAAUAGCGGCUGCGAUUUUACUCGGUUUAAAGACGAAAGAGCUGAAAUAAAAAACGAACUGAAUAUGCGCUCUAAAGCAUUAGCCGACCCGAAAUUUCCUCACGAAGAUUUAAUUAAUGAAUUUUUUGUAAUGAAAGAUAACGUUUCAAAAUUAGAACUAAAAUGGAAAAGGCCAGACAUGAUUAAGUUUGUGAAAUUUACACAUAAAUAUUUACAGUGGGAAGAAAUUUAUUCAUUUGAAAAAUUAUUUCCCAUUCUAACGAGAUGGCAACUUCUUAAUUAUGAGCGUUUAGAAAAAUGUAAAAAUAAAGGAAUUGUCUAUCCAGAAUUCAUUAAAAAGAAGAGAAAUCNAAAAGGCGUUCCAAGUUAUGAAAUAAUAUGGACUGAUAGAGACAAACACUUUGAAAAUCUUAUACCUGAAGAACAACUUUUGAACAUUGAUCAGAUGAAGUUAUGGUCCUCUGUGGAGCCCCAAAACCUUGUUCUUAACGCUUAUCCUGACCUUGUGCAUGCAUUCGAACAGUCAAAGGUCAAACCUAACAAAAAACCAACAAAAAGGAAAAAGAAAUUGGAGCUGGGAGCAGUAGAUGAACUAGAAAAUAUUUUGGCAAAUACGUCAAUCACAGAACCACCGAAACCAAAAAGAAAAACCACGAAGAAAAAGAGCGAAAAAGCUGAAAAUAAUCAUAAUGAUGAGAAACAUACUUCAACUACGAAAAGUUUGGAUUUCUUUUUUUCAAAAAACAAAAAUGAGGACAACAAGGAAAUAGAUAAUGUUGCUUUCUCUCAAGAACAAAAAGAAAUUAAUAUUAAUAAUUGUUCUACACCUAGAAGGAAUAGUUUGGAUCUAGAGUCACUUUGGAUGAAUUUGUCUUCUUUGGAAGACGAAGAAGAUGACAAAGAUUUAUCUGAAAUUAUCGAGGACAUAAUGCGCAGAAAACCUCAGGAAUAUUUGCAAAAUUUAGACCUGAAAAUAGUACAACUGGAAGAAGAUGAAGAUGAAAAGAAGGAUGAUGUAGAAUGCAGUUUCUUCAUUGCCAGUAACAAGACCUUAGAGAAAGAUUUAUUCGAAACCAUUUUUGAGGAUAGAUUAAAAUCGGAAGAGGAUGAAGAAGAGCAAGAAAAAGAAAUGCUGUUUGUAAAUCAGAAAGAAAGUAAUAGAUGCAAAUCAGAAGAUGAUGACAAGGAAGUGUUCGUUGAAGAUAGGAAAGAAGAAGAAAAUGACAGUGAUGACUCGGACGUUGUCUUUUCUGAAAAAUAUGUUCCUUUGAUUGACAGAUUGAAGAUGAGGCGACAAUAGUGUUAAGUCGGGAUCAAUCAGAAGUACGGAAAGAGAUAGAAACAAGAAGCUGUCCAUUUGCAGUUUUUACAGUUUUUAUUUUUUUCCAAUAUAAAGGAUAGGAAAGAGUGGAGGUGCGUGUCCGACUAGUCGUAGGACUGACGACCUUAUGAUGAUGAUGAAGUGCACCGUCUAGAUAUUAAUGUCAAUAGAGAAAUUAGUAUUUUUACAAAUGCGCCAUCUAUUGCCAAAUGUCACAAUCGCCCGUUUCGUUCAGUUCUGGGUGUUGUCAAUUUCAUGAAAAAAUCGCCUGCAGAACAUCCAAGCAGCAGUGAUAUGUUUAUUCCCACAAACGUUCCAAUUCAAGUGCAGGGAUCAAUUAUAAAAAUCACCAGUGCAGUUACAAUAAAAAAUCGUAAUAAAUACACUUAGCCUUUUUCAAACUCAA